AUGGCUCCGCGUCAAGCGAAACACUACAAAAGAAGACGGCAGCAGCCGUCUACGUUGCAGAUCAAAAGGAAUGUGAGCCGACCUCAAGGCAUCCGGAAAGAAGUCCAGAGUCUCUGCCGAAAAAGGGACCGCUCCUAUGAGCAAGGAACCAUACCAACCAGCCGAUCCCCACUUCCAGCGAGUUGUCCCCCUAUAAAGACCCAGAACCACCUAAAAUUUCAAGUGAAUGACCAGCAACGAAAGCGAGCAUGUGAUACGGGGGAGCCAUGUGGGCAUCAUGUCAAACGCCUUGACAAGCGACAGCGUACUCUUAACAGCGCUGGUGAAGACGCAGUGAACGGGACCACUGAACCAACGAACGCCGAUCUCCCUCUGGUUGCCCAAACAGUCGAUCCAGAUCAUAAACGGCAGUAUCCCGAACCUAAGCAUUUUCCGGAUAAUUCCAAUCCGCCUUCAAAGCGGCCACGAACCGACAUCAAAUUCACAGAAUAUUGGGCGCUUCACGAAUACGAGUGGCCUAAAGAGCCUUUGGGACCCGAUCCUAUGGAAUACUUUAUUGCGCGAUCGAAAACUCCAUCUCUUCGCCGGACGAAGUCAAAUGGUAGUUUGAACACUGCGAGCGAAACGAGUUCACGAGAAGCGAAGAGUAGACCUUACACUGACAAGAACUAUGAUACAUAUCUUGAGACUAAUGGCUGUUUUAUGUAUGACCAUGAUGAUGGUAUUGAUGGUGACAGCAGGUCUGUCUGUCAUCAAAUACUGAGCGCGAAUCCCGAGGUCCCUAAGGAAACUGUGUUUCAAGAAGGCGUUUUUGAAACACGUGUCGAAGGAUGCAAAGGAAAAAUGAGACUGGAGUUAUUCACAUUAUUGAGAGUGCAAUUGAUCUCGGUCGGGUCACAUUCCCGCAUUUGGUUGUCAGUGUGGAUGAAGGUUGGGAGAGCUCGAUUUCUCUUGAUCAAUCUCAACAAUUACCACGAACUUUACAGUCUUUACAAGCUCCGCAGCCUUCGCGAUCCCCACAAUUUCGAUUACCACGGCCGCAGCCGGAUUAUGCUAUGGGUUUCACCCGGCAGGCUUUUUGGGGACACUUCUUUCUUUAUGAGUACGGCAUUCAUGAACUUUCCGUUUAUGACAGCUGAAGUGAAGUGUGGAAAGGCAGCGCUUUAUAUAGCAGAUCGACAGAAUGCGCAUAGCAUGACCCUCUCGGUAAGAGUUGUUGUCAAGCUCUUCAGGCUUGUGAAGCGUGAGAAGGAGCUACAUCAACAGAUUUUGGCCUUUUCAAUUUCGCAUGAUCACCGAAUGGCCCGGACCUACGGCCACUACCCAGUAACAGAUAGAAAGAAGACUACCUAUUAUCGGCUUUCCAUCCAUGAGUUUAGCUCCGCAGCGCCGGAUGGCAGAGAGAAAUGGACACCUUAUAAGUUCGUGAUGGGUGUGUAUAACGACUGGGUACCUUUUCAUUUUAGAUGUUUGUGCUCGGCUAUUGAUGAGCUACCAGAGGUGAACUUUGAGGUAUCGCAGCAGUCCGAGCCGAGUUUCUCAGAAUCAACCGGGCUUUCACAGGAGAUUGAAGGUGUCCAUGUCCAAGACUCAAGUUUUACGUCUAUAUUGGGAGAGGAAACCCGGCCGACUCCCCAUCUCACAGGUUGCUCCCUCGCGUGCUCCUCCAGUAACGCGGGAAAAUGA